GGCGGUGCUGGGCAACGGCAGAUCCGCGAGCACGCGAUGGCGGCGGAGCUCCUGCUGCCUGCCUCGCCCAACUGGUACCUCAGCCGCUGCAGUGACGCGAGCGCCGGCGCGCGGCUCUUCGGCUUCGCGGCUCGGAACAGUGUCUACCUGCUGCGGGUCGGCGCCCAACCCACCUUCCACGGAGAGCUCAUCGGUCACACAGAACGGGUUUCUGGAUUUACAUUUUGUCAUUUCCCUGAUCAGACCAACCUCUGUGCAAGCAGCUCAGAUGAUGGAACCGUAAAAAUCUGGGAUACUCAGACUCUGUCUCUUGUAACUGAGCAUACACUCCAUCAGAAUACAAUCUCAGCCUUGCAUUGGUCACCCCUUGUGAAAGAUCUGGUUGUAUCUGGUGAUGAGAAAGGCAUCAUCAUUUGUUAUUGGCGUAACAGAAAUGACAGCCAACAGUUCUUCCCUGAGCCUAGGACUAUCUUCUGCCUCACGUGUUCCCCUCACCAGGAGAACCUGGUAGCUAUUGGUUACAAGGAUGGCAUGGUGGUUAUAAUCGACAUCAGCAGGAAAAAAGAAAUUAUUCAUCGCCUGAGAGGUCAUGAUGACGAAAUACACUCCCUGGCAUGGUGUCCUGUGCCCAAUGAAGAAGGAUUAUAUAGUUGGCAAGAAGAGCUUCAAGAAGGUGAGGUUCCAAAUGGGGAGCUAACACAGGAGGCAGCUGUAGCAAAAGGUUGUUACCUGGCUUCAGGAAGCAAAGAUCAGACCAUCCGGAUCUGGAGCUGUGCUAGAGGCAGAGGGGUGAUUACUCUGAAGUUGCCCUCUGUGAAGAGAAGAGGUGGGGCAGUUGAUCCUGCUAUUAAAGAGCGUAUUUGGCUGACUGUUCACUGGCCAAGUGACCAUCCCUCGGAGCUUAUGUCCAGUUGCUUUGGAGGUGAACUGCUGCUAUGGGAUUUGGCCCAAUCGGGGAAACGCAAGUGGACACUUUUGGGAUCUUCCGAAGGGCAAAAUCACUCACGGAUCGUGUUCAAUCUGAGCUCGCUUCGAGUGCAGGGCCAAGAGUUGCUCUUUUCCAUUUCAAUGGACAGAGAUGUGAAGUGUUGGGACAUAGCAACACUAGACUGUUGCUGGACUGUGCCAUCUCUUGGUGGGUUUGUCUACAGCCUAGCCUUCUCCCCUGUGGACACUGGCUGCCUGGCCAUAGGGGUUGGGGACAGCAUGAUCCGGGUGUGGAAUACUCUGUCCAUAAGCAACGCCUAUGGUGUGAAAACAUACUGGCAGGGUAUCAAAGCCAAGGUCACAGCUUUAUCCUGGCACCCGACUAAGGAAGGCUGUUUAGCCUUUGGAACAGAUGAUGGAAAAGUUGGUAUAUAUGACACCUACUCCGGCAGCACCAAGAACAAGCCUCCUCAGAUCUCCAGCACCUAUCACAAGAAGACUGUGUAUACGUUAGCCUGGGGGCCUCCAGUUCCUCCCCUGUCUUUUGGAGGUGAUGGUGACAAACCCUCUCUAACAUUGUACAGCUGUGCUGGAGAAGGUAUUGUGUUGCAGCACAACCCUUGGAAGCUUAACGGAGAAGCAACUGACAUAAAUAAAGUAAUCAAAGACACUAACUCGAUCAAACACAAAAUGCCUGCUCGCACUGAGAUCAGCUGGAAACCAGAUGGCAAAAUCUUGGCUCUUGGUAAUGAGGAUGGAUCAAUUGAAAUAUUUCAGGCUCCAAACUUGAAAUUGCUCUGCAUCAUCCAGCAGCAUCAUAAACUGAUUAAUGCCAUUUGCUGGCACCAUGAGCAUGGGACCCAGCCAGAGCUGAGCUACUUGAUUGCCUCGGGUUCAAUCAAUGCUGUCAUUUACGUGCAAAACCUGAAGAGCAUCAUAGAGAGCCCUCCAGAAACUCCUCCGACAAUAACGGAGCCUUUUCGCACUCUGGCAGGACACACUGCUAAAAUCACAAGUCUGUCUUGGAGUCCGCACCAUGAAGGGAGGCUGGUAUCCGCUUGCUACGAUGGCACUGCACAGGUGUGGGAUGUUCUGAAGGAGGAGCCUCUGUCCAAUUACCGAGGGCAUCGGGGCCGGCUGCUCUGUGUUCAGUGGUCCCCAGUGGAUCCAGAUUCAGUGUAUACAGGGGGAGACGACUUUUGUGUGCACAAAUGGCUCACCUCAAAGCAAGAGCACAGCCACCCCCCAAAAGGAAAAAAAGGCAUAGAGCUGGAGAAGAAAAGGAGUUUUCAACCCAAACUCAAAGCCAAGAAGAAGAAAAAGCUGGUGGGAAAGAGUCCAGCAAAGCAGGAUGUGAACGAGGCAGUAAAUGGCGACGAAAGCGUAAAGGAGUGCGCGUUGGAUGAGAAUGAAAUGUCAGACCAUGAGGCUGAAAAGGAAGCCCAGGAGCAGGAGCUCUCAGAUAGAGUCUCGCCAACAGUUUCCAAAGAAGUUCCCUUGCAUCCAUCUGCUCUCUCUGUCCCUGACCUGAUGAAACCUUUCAUGAACCAUAGAGCCACCCCCAUGAAGAAGGAACAACCUAAAGAGAAACCAGCUCCUGAUACCUCUCUGAAGAAAAGAAAGCCUCGCUCCCUUCUGCCUGUCAGCACCUGUCUGGAUCAUAGAUCAAAGGAUGAAUUGCACCAGGACUGCUUGAUGCUGGCUACGUGUCUGAAUGCCAAAGGAAAUCUGGGGAAAGACUUGAUUCCUGACUCAGAUCAUGUCCACCUGGGGCUGUUUGCAGACAGAGCUGCUCUGUAUAAGAUGCUGGAGGUGGAAGGAAGAAACCACUUGGAGAAUGGGCACCCAGAGUUGUUUCAGCAGCUCAUGUUGUGGAAAGGAGACCUGAAGGGCACCCUCCAGUCAGCUGCAGAGCGUGGGGAGCUAACGGACCAGCUGGUGGCCGUCUCGCCCAUGGCUGGAUAUCAGGCCUGGGUGUGGACGGUAGAAGCCUAUGCAAAACAACUGUGCUUCCAAGAACAGUACAUCAAGGCUGCCUCACAUCUUCUUUCCAUCCACAAGGUGUAUGAGGCUGUGGAGCUGCUGAAAGUGAACCAUUCGUACAGGGAAGCGGUUGUAAUUGCCAAGGCCAGGCUGCGUCCAGAAGAUCCAGUCCUGAAGGAUCUCUACACCACCUGGGCAGCGAACUUGGAGGAAGAUGGCCAUUAUUCCAUGGCAGCCAAAUGUUACCUGGGGGCUUCAUCUCCCUAUGAUGCAGUGAAAGUGCUGGCAAAAAAAGGGGAUGUGGCAUCCCUAAAAGCUGCUGCGGAGCUCGCUCUGAGAGCUGGGGAGAAGGAUCUGUCGACCACGUUAUCUCUCAGAUGUGCCCAGGAGUUGGUGUCUGCCAGAAACUGGGUUGGAGCACAGGAGGUCCUUCAGUGGCAGGGAAGCCUACUGGGACAGAGGCUAGUUUUCUGCCUUCAUGAACUGCUUUGCAAGUGCCUUGGUGAAAGAAAUCUAGCUGAGCGUAAGAGCUCCUCCCCACCAUGUUACCACAGCUGGGAUGUGAGGGACAAGGACUCCUUCCUUGAGAUGGUGACUGAGGUGUGGCAGAGCGCAUUUGGAGUGAGCACUGUGGAUCAAGCCAAGACCGUGUGGAAGCAGCUGCAUGGUAUUUUGUAUCCUCCUGCUACCACCAACACCCAUCCCAAGCAGCUGCUCUUCCACAUCGCCCACGAUCUGACCCUAGCAGUGCUGAGCUACCAGACUGCUUCGUGGGAGGAGGCAGUGACUGCUCUUCUCAGUGCUGUGACCCGCAGCUGUGAUGCUGGCAACUUCACUCUUCUGCAAGAAAUCUGCAGCCUCCUCCUUCCCAAAGGCUGCGAUGACCUGAGGCACAAACUGGACAGCACAAGCUCUCGGAGCAUGGCAGCUCACAAGAGUUUAGAAGGCUUCCUGGCUUACGGACAGCUGUAUGAUCUGUGGUGGAACCUGCCCACAGACUCCCCUGUCUCCAAACAGAUGGUGCCAGAGUCUGUGUCUUGCCCUAGUGAGCAGGCAGCUCCUGAACAGAAUGCUGUCUCGGGAAUCUUUGCAGAAGGAAUGGCACCUGAGCUGGAAGAACAUCCCCCCAGCAUACCUGCUUCCUGCCCUGGGCCCUGUGCAGCUGAUUUAGGGGAUCCAACAGAGAGGCAGCUGAAAGUGAAUAGAUGUAAAGUGCUCCUUUCUGAAGAGAUUGCUGCUUUACAGAACACCCAGAAAGACAUUGCGAAGAUCCAGGAGACUCUGGCAGACAUGAUCCACCAACAUCAAAGAAACAGCUUACAGGAGAGCAAGCUGCAACCCAGCCCCAAGAGUGAGUUGGACAAGCCCAUCCCCCCAGGCAGCCAGAGCCCAGGUAAAGCAGCAGCAAAGGAACCGGUUUCUCUUCCUGAGCUGUCAAAGCAGCUGGCAAUGGCCAAGCAGCAACUGGCAGAAUUUCCCGACAGUCUAAAGGCCUUCCCAUUCCCAGAUGUGCUGGAGUGCAGCCUGGUGUUCCUUCACAUCCACUCCCAGAGCCACAGCGACGUGAGUCUGGAACUGCAGCAACAGGCCUUGGACCUGCUGCAGAAGUUCACUCAAGAUGGGACAUAUGAAAAGAUCUGUGGGAAGUUCUUAACGUGAUGUUCCUUUCACACCCGGCCCCCUCCACCGCUGGUAGCUUUACCAAGCCAGGAUGGUUCUUCUCUGACCUGAGGAACGGUCUCUACUGCCACCACUGCUUUUUGAAGGACCAUUGUUCUGGAAGGAGCACGGAUCGUCAAAAGUCAAGCUUACAUAGACUUUCACUACCAGCCAGUCAGCUACUUGUGGCCUCAUGCGCCUCCAUGAGCGAUACUGUACCCGUAACAGCAGGAGACAUUGGCUUCUGCCUUUAAUGUAUACAAGAUCUUGUUUAUAUUUAGUUUUUUAAUUUCUGGAGAGAGGAAAAUUAUGCAAGGGAAGCCCUUGGAUUUACAUACUGAAAACAUGGUAAAUGGUUUAAACGGCUACAGCUACCUUUUGGCAGUAUAGGAGCGUUAGCUGUCAUUUAAAUAAAAGGCGCAAUAUGUUUUUUUAUUUUAAAGGACUUAAUGCUCAAGCCAGUGUUAGGCUGGGGAGUCUGGGAAACUGAUUAAUGUUUUUUUUGAUGUGCAGGAAAUUUGUGUUCCUUUAAAUAAAAGCCUUAUACUUCCAGUCUUGCAUUUAAUUUGAAAGGAGGGUAGUGAUAAAAGUAUUUGUUCUCUAGUAAGUGUGAGGCUAGUGUUUUUUAAUGUUUUUUAAAGCUACUCUAGGUACUUAAAAUAUACAUGUGGUAGCUGAUGUUCAUGCCUUGGUUACUUCUAAGUAGGGCAAAGAAUUGCUUACGCUCAUUGCUCAGUACAGAGCACAACAAACACCUUGUUUUUCAUGACAAAGUUUUCACAUCCGUCUGCUAGGAAGUGUCAACCUUUCCACAUCUGCUGCAGAGGAAACUACUUUUGCUACAGCAGUGGAACUUGGACCAUCAGUGUUUCAGGUAGGAUGUAAAAUGAUGGUCUUAAUUGUGUGCAGUUGGAGACACUAGCAGUCUUCACAAAAUAUUAGAAAAAUGAACUCGCUAAGGACCGCUUCCAUUCUUCAUUAAGCAACAGUACAGGUGAAAGCCUGGUUUCUGGAAGGGGUCCUGUUGUUUGGUUUUCCUCAUUUGAAUUGUCAGCUCCCCCUGGAAGGUGCAAAAUGUUGUCAUGCCCAUAAACUCAGCAGCAGUCUUGAGUUUGCCCAGGUAAAGAGGAUAGGAAGCAGAAGUGGGGUGUGCUGGUCACGGUCAAGUAACCCUUGUAAACUGGGCAGAAACCUAGACACAAGCUUUAUUUUAAACAUAAAGAGGAGAGUGCUGCAGAGCAGAAACUGACAGAAGCUUAGGGCAUGGAGAGAUCAGAGAGAUGGAUUUACAUAUACUACAGGUAAAGCUAAGGCUUUGAAGAUGAAUAGAAUUUGGGAGGAGCAUGCACAUGUCCUAAUCCAACCUGUCAUCUGGCCUCAAAGGCAGAGCAAGACAGAAGACCUGAUCUAUCCUAAAGAAGUGAGAUUAAAGAGCAUCAAAGCUGCUUUGGCAGAGCAGAAGUAGGUAGGAACAUAGUCCUGAUUCUGAUUAAGGUAAAUUGCAGAACAGUUCUCAGACAGCUAUCAUAUAAACCCCUCCAGAUGGGCCAGAGAGAACCAGAUAGCCAGACUCAUCACGUCAAAGUGCCUGCAAACCAGGAGAGGGAGCUAUGGCUUUACAAAGCUGUGCAUCUCUGUAAGCAGAAGUAGCCUAGGAAGAAGCUAAGCAGAGCUGCUGCAAGCACCAGAAGGUAUAAAGAUGACCAGCAACAGGGAAUUAGCUUUUUAUAGUAGCAAGGCUAAUUUGAGGCCAUACUGCAUAAGAACCUAAGGCAAAGGGACUUGACUUGAGCUCUGCCUCGCAAAACAUACAGGUGUCCAAAUCUCUAAUGGGAUUUUUCUGCCCAGUUCCUGUGCACUGCCUGGGUAUACAGAAGCCAGCAAGCUGAGCAUGGCUUCUUAUCAAGGUAACAAAGUGGAAGAAUGGAGGAUGGGAGUAUGCCUGCAUCUCAUCUCUUUCCUAGAGACAGGAAUUUAGAUUAGAGAUUCACAAUCCUGAACUGUGAUUUUACAGCAGGUUUUCUCCCAAGAGAACUGGAUCAGUUAGCUACUCUUACUCCAACAGCUCUACGGAAAGAAACCUUCACAUAGGGGAUUGUCUUGCACAAACUGCUGGCCUGGUGGACCUGCUAGAUGAUAGUAUAAAUAAUUUAAAGGAUGAGGCUCCAUCAACUGAUGCAUGAAUCUCAGUUGCUUCACUAAUGUUUAGUUUGGUUAGAAUUGGUCUUAUUGCAUUUGCCUGUAGAGUAAAACUGCAAGUGAAAUUAGCCACUUCAUGACCUGUGUUGGUCACAGAGAGGUCAGCAGCUCAGCUUCAGAGCUGGUGCUUUGUAGAAGGACCAGAAACGGCCUGGUUAAAAAAAAAAACCAACCUUUAUUUUACAAAAUUAAAAACAUAGUAUUUACAAGCAUUUUAAUUACCAGUUUAACAUCAAUCAAGAAUCAUUUAAGCUUGUUAAAAUGCAAGACUUAAAAUGAGAGGUUUAAUUUGCUGUUCAAAAGAGGUUUUUUCUUAUAGAAACAUAUUUCAGAGCUGUUCAAAAAUAAUGUGUAUUAUUAGAAUGUCUAGUCAAAAAUCGAACUCCUGAGCCUUCAAUCUCCACUCUUUAGGAUACUCCUCAAAUCUUUACAAAGGGAGACGCAGUGGCUUUGAGGCCUGUUUAAACAUCACUCCAAUAUGAAAGUAAAUAUAAUUAUUUGCCUAGUAAACUACUCCUACAUACUGAAGUGAGAUGAACAAGAUCUUCUGCAUCAUCAAGUGAAACUGAGUGGCUUCAAUUGUUUUGGUCCAAAUUCCUGUUACAAAAUCUCUAGAAGGCAAGCUUCCAGGCUGGUUCAUCUACUCAGCAGUUUAUUCUGUUCAUAACUAUGAGAAUUAAAAUGAGGCUUAGUGGUGUGACACACUUGUAUUGCACAACAGUCCCAAAGGACCCUGUACAGCACAGCUGUGCAAAACACCCAUCCUGGCCAGAGGCAAGACAGCUUGAGCUGAACACCUGCUGCAGAGAAGGUGUUUUGCUUUGUUCCCCAUGCUCUGCCGUGAAUGAGAGGGUCAUUACAUAAAUGACACAGAGGGAUAAAAGUGAGCAAAAGAUGAGGAGCAGACAUCACCUCACAGCAUGCACAAGAAAUUUUAAAAUAAGCUUCCUAAAGGACCCUGCAAGGUUGCUGUGUCCAAUUUCACUGGCAUUUCAGAACUUCAGCUCUGCUGAAUGUUCUCCAUUUAAGUCUUCCUUGCAGAUUCGGUAUUU